UAGCAGAACAGCGAUGAACUUGAAAGUGUUGGUCCGUUUCGAAAUAUGAUUUAAUAUAAUUUACUACCAAAAGCUAACAUGAAUGAAACUAUAGAUGAAGAGCUGUUUACUGCUAACAUCAGACCCUCGACCGCAUCAACGCCAAUGGGCAACACUCUCCCACGCUUGCACAAUAGCUUGAUUCAACACGCAAUCGGCCUGUGCCGGCUUCUAUAUAUACAGGAUGUUGCUGCCUGGAGGGAGUGGUCCACGGAUAUGGCCGAGUUUCAAGAUCUCACACCACAUGAAGCGUGCGCUAAGUUUCGACACGAGGUUCUGCCUAUUGUGAACACCUACCAAUUGUCGCUGAGGGUCAGAAAGCGCCUGAGGCUGCUGGAUCUGCAUCCGUGCUUUCGUCGCAUCGAACAGGGAUAUCAGUACGAGCCAGAUUGUGAGCUAGCCACGUGCUUCGUACUGCAAGCGAAUCGGGAUUUUCGCCUGGUCAGCGCGUUACGAACGUCUAGAGACUUCGACCAAGCCUCCCACACUGUGCUCAUUAACGACGAGGCAAUUGAGCAGAAAGUCUGUGUUGGCUACAACUUCAAGGUCUCGCCGGAGACUGCCAGCCUGUUCUCGGUCAUGGUCUCCACUAAUUUGGAAUUAUCGAUUGGUCAGAUGCACGAUUUGGCCGAGAUCCAUCGUCGCUUGCGGCGCGCAAAGCAAUCCUUUGAGGACACCGCCAAACUCUUGCCAUUCCGCAGGAGUAUAAACUAUUUGGUCUAUAAUAUGGGUAUAUAUGUCAAUCUAAAAACGAAAAUAUGUGAAGCAAUUAAUAGAAACUAUGAUUAAUAGACAGAUUAGACAUUAAGGAUUUGUUUUUUUUUAAGAAAUACUGAAGAGACUUAAGACGUAAUAUAUUAUUGUACAUAUUUA